UACAAUAGAAAAAUCACAUAAGUGCAAAAAAUGUGGUAAAACGUUUAAAAACCAGUCUAACUUAAAUGUUCAUAGUUUAGUACAUGUUAAAGUGGAAGAAAGACCAUUCAAAUGUGAAACAUGUGAACAGAGAUUUACCCAAAAGAAGCAGUUUGAAGCUUCAUGAAAAGUUGCACACCGGCGAAUGUCCUUUUGAAUGUCCUAUUUGCGGCAAACGUUUCAUCAGAAAGUCGCAAGUUAGCUAUCACGUUCGUGUCCAUUCUGGGGAAAAACCGUACGAGUGUCAAGUGUGUCAGAAACGAUUUCCCACAAAACAUUAUGUCUACGUACAUAUGCGUGUACAUACCGGAGAAAAGCCAUUUAAAUGUGAAACGUGUGGACAGAGAUUUACUGAAAAAAGUAAAUUGAUGCAACACCAAAAGUUGCAUACGGGAGAAAAGCCAUUCCAGUGUGAAACCUGUGGAAAGAGAUUUACUGAAAAAGGUAGCUUGGUGCAUCAUCAAAGGUUGCACACGGGCGAACGUCCUUUUGAAUGUUCGAUUUGUGGCAAACGUUUCGUUACAAAAUCGAAUUUAACCAGUCACCUUCAUGUACACACCAGAGAAACACGGUACGAGUGUCAAGUGUGUCAAAAAAGAUUUCCCGAAAAAUACCGUCUCAAUCGACAUAUGCGCAUUCAUACAGGAGAAAAGCCAUUCAAAUGUGAAACUUGUGGACAAGGGUUUACUCAGGAAGGUACCUUGAGGCGUCAUGAAUGGUUGCAUACGGGCGUACGUCCAUUUGAAUGUUCGACUUGCAGUAAACGUUUUGCCAUAAAAUGGCAGUUGACCAGUCACCUACGUGUCCAUACCGGAGAAAAACCAUACGAAUGUCUAGUGUGUCAGAAAAGGUUUCCAGAAAAAUACCGUCUUGAUCUACAUAUGCGCGUUCAUGCGGAAGAAAAACAAUUUAAAUGUGAAACCUGUGGACAAGGAUUUACUCAAGAAAAUAAUUUGAGGUCUCAUGAAAUGGUGCAUACGGACGAACGUCCAUUUGAGUGCUCCAUUUGCGGCAAACGUUUCAACAGAAAAUCAUACUUAAGCAGUCAUGUUCGCGUUCAUACCGGGGAAAAGCCGUACGAUUGUGAUGUAUGUCAAAAAAAGUUUCCUAAUAAAUACCGCCGUGAUCUACAUAUGCGCGUUCAUACUGGAGAGAAACCGUACGAAUGCAAAAUUUGUUUGCGAAGAUUUUCGCGAAGAUCUUGUCUUAAACAGCAUAUGCUCACGCAUUCAUAAAACUUAUACAAAUGCAGAAACGUAAUUUUUUAUAUGUUAACACUCUUUUUUUUUUUGAAUUUAUAAGAAUAUGAAAUAGAGUUCUAAAGUUCUGUUGAACUAAUGUAAACGAAACACUGAAAGUGCCACCUUAAGUGUCGAACCGUGUGUUAAUUUUUUAUGAAACGUAUUUGUGGAAUACGAGUAACAGUUAUUUAUUUAGAUUCUUAUAUAUUGUUUUCUGAAAGAAUGUAAUGUUCCUGUAAUAAAGAUAUAAGUCAGCUGUU